UUGUCAGGGAGGGAGGCCGCAUGUUUUGCUGUAUAUUUUUGUUUACAUUUUAAACAAAUUUACCUUUUAUGGAAAAGAGUACUAGUAUUUAUAGGUACACGGUUUAGUAGUGUUUUGUAUUGUCAAAUUAGUAAUGGCUAACCGAUAGAGCUUUGGUAAACCUAUCUUCUAAGUAAUCAGUUUGUAAUUAUGUGAAUACUCAUCGUUGGAUGUAAGUAGGAGGAUACCCCGUUAAUUAAUAGAAAUGACGGGGUUUACUGUGUCAGAGCUCGUAGCGGGGCUGAAGUCCCGGCAUUCGGAGACGAGACAUAAAGCUAUUCGCGAGCUGUUACACUUUGCCAAGACAGAUUUGCGGGAGCUCUCCCCGGAGACGUUGGCGCAGGUGCUGGACGACUUCAACCAGCAGAUUCAUACGCUCACGUCCAGCUACGAUAAUAAUGAGAAGAAAGCUGGAAUACUCACCAUUGUAUGCUUAAUUGGAGGGGAUACUGAAACCACAAAGAGCAGGACCAUUCGUUACACCCAAUAUUUAAGAAAUGUUUUCCCUUCCACCGACAUUGGUAUUGUCGAGCUUGCAGCCAAAGCAAUGGGGCGUUUAGCUGCUACAUUAGGUGUAAAGAGAGGAGAGUAUGUGGAGCAGGAGAUGAAGAGAUGCUAUGAAUGGCUUUCAGAAGAAAGGAAUGAGGGAAAAAGGCUAUCUGCAGUCCUUAUUCUAAAGGAGCUUGCUAUUGCUAUGCCAUCAUGGUUCUACCAGCAAAUUACUAAAUUCUUCAACCAUAUCAUGAUAGCUUUAAGAGAUCCAAAAGACCAGAUAAGAGAAGCAGCAGCCAAAGCACUGAGAGCAGCUUUGGUGGUCACCGUUCAGAGGGAACUGCCAGAGCAGAUAAAUAAAGUUCAGUGGUAUUCUGAAUGUUAUGAAGAAGCUAUGACAUCUUUUACUGACCAGCCAAUAAGAGAGAAAGGUCUUAACAGGGAUGACCAUGUGCAUGGUGCAUUAUUGAUCUUGAAUGAACUCCUGAGAUGUUCCAACUCUGCCUGGGAAAAGCAGUACACAGCCCUUAUGCAGAAAUUGGAUGCUGAGCAGGACACGUCAGAUGAGAUAAUGUCUCUGAGCACUAAGAUACAGACUUCAUGGAGUCAGCAACAUUUUGCUGAGGAGAAACAUCAAACUGUUAUCUAUGAGUCCAAUAUUUGUAAACAACUUAUUACUGAAAAAUAUGAAAAGAUUUGCUCAGAUGUUAUGGCACAGCAAAUAUCUAGAGCACACAAUGUCCAUCAAAUGCUCUUGCUAAUGAUACCUCGAUUGGCUGCAUUUAACAGAGAAGUAUUUUCCAAAAGACAUCUUAAAUCUACCAUCAACCACCUGAUAACAUUUUUAAGAGGACGAGAAAAAGAAAGGGCUAUGGCGUUUACUACUUUAGGCCUCAUUUGUGUAGCAGUUGAAACAGAUAUCCAGACAUACUUAGGUAGGAUUAUUGAGAUUAUUAAACUAACUUUACCACUGAAGGAGACUCCUAAGAAGCGAGUUGGGUCUGACACACCGUUGUUCAACUGUGUGACCCUAUUGGGCUUUGCUAUGAAGGAAAAUGUGGCCAGUGAAGUGAGAGAGCUGUUAGAUCCCAUGUGUGCCACUGGAUUGAGUGCUCAGCUGACGACUUGCUUUAAAGAACUAAGUCAAAAUGUACCCUCAUUAAAGAAAGAUAUUACUGAGAAACUUCUGAAUAUGCUGUCUUUAAUUUUGAGAAAAAAACCUUAUGCUCCAAAUAGUUCAGAGCAGCAGAUCGUACAUUUAUUAUCUUCAGCAUUGCUGGUUGAGCCUCAUGACGCUAACAAACUAGUUUUAGCGUUACGCACGUUAGGCGCAUUCGAUUUCGAAUGGAACAAUACAUUGAUGAGUUUCAUUAGAAGAUGCACAGAUCAUUAUCUUCUAAGUGAGCAACACGACAUCAGGAUGGAAGCUGUAAAGACGGCCGCGAAACUUCUUAUCAAAGCCAUUGAGCGAUGUUCAGUCACAAACUCGAGAACUCUCCAUAUGCUAAUUGAUGAGUCUUUAGGAAAACUUCUCGCUCUAGGUCGGUCAGAUUUUGACCAUGAAGUCCGAUACAAAGUACUGGAAAUAUUUACAAACCCCGCAUUUGACAAGUAUUUGGCUGUAGAAGAACAUCUGAGCUGUCUCUUCGUGGCAAUCAAUGACUCCAAUGUCGAGGUGAGCGAACUUGCGCUGUGCGUGAUUGGGAGACUCAGCAACAUUAAUCCAAGCUACACAACGCCCACGCUCCGUCAGCUUUUUGUUCAAAUUUUAAUGGAACUACAGUAUUCAGAAUCUGCAAGGAACAAGGAACAGUCAUUGAGAAUGGUCAACAAUAUAAUUUCGCAUGCACCACGAAUUACGAGACAGUUCGUUGACACCAUAUUGAAAGUGCUCGUACCUAAACUUAGAGAAAAAGAGAGUAACCCUACAAUGGUUUCAUCUAUUCUAAAGGCCAUAGGGGACUUAGCUGAAGUGUAUGGUGGUGGUCAUGCCUUACACCAAUGGCUGCCAGAACUCAUCUCCAUUCAGCUUGAAUUGCUAUCAGAUCCCAAUCAACCAGAGAAGAGGAGUAUUGCUCUGUGGUCAUUUGGCCAAGUCAUCAGUGCUACUGGCCACGUGGUCACACCUUACAUGGAAUACCCUCAACUAAUGGACAUGCUCUUAGGCUUUCUAAAAUCGGAACAGCAGAGCAGAGACAGACGCGAAACUAUUCGAGUUUUAGGUCUUCUCGGCGCGUUAGAUCCUUAUAAGCAUAAGGUUAAUCAGGGUUUGAUAGAUUUUCAAACAGUUUCGACUUUGAUACCCGCCAUCGAUGAGUCGGCGACUGCAGAUAAUUUAGACUUGAACACGAAUGAGAUGUUGGUAAAUAUGUCGCCGAUAGUGCUAGAUGAGUUCUACCCGGCCAUAGUGUUGACAUCCCUCAUGCGAAUCCUUAGAGAUCCUUUACUGGCUCAGCACCACACAAGUGCUGUACACUCUGUAACAUUCAUAUUCCAGUCGCUUGGCAUUAAAUGUGUUCCAUACAUAUCCCGUGUCACGCCGAGCCUCUUAUACGUAAUACGCACAACAGAAAGCGCUAACUUCCGUGAAUUCCUCUUUACCCAGUUGGCGCAACUGAUAUCGGUCGUUAAAAUACACAUUCGAAACUACUUGGAAGAGAUCUUCGAUAUCAUCAGGGAGUAUUGGACCCCAGACACUCCACUGCAGCCGACCCUGAUAAUGCUCGUCGAACACAUAACAGUCGCCAUCGGAACAGAGUUCAAAGUUUACUUGCGAAAGAUAUUGCCGAACAUUCUGCGUAUCCUCAGAUCCGACAGGAGCAAAGACAAGUUUUUAACUGAAAAACUGCUUUUAACUAUACAAAAAUUCGAGAAUAAUCUGGAUGAUGUACUUUUGUCGAUAGUACCUGCAAUUACUGCUUUGUUUGAUGGCAGGAACAUUCCGCAAUCUGUUUCGAAGCUAGCGAUGGAGACGAUUGAGCAUCUAUCGAUGUACUUGUACUUCAAGCCUUAUUCGGCGACUAUAAUUCAAGCAUUAGCUCGCGUUUUGGACACCAACCCGCCGUUGAGACAAACAGCUAUGAACGCACUGUGCGCGCUCAUCAUUCAGCUCGGGCGGGAGUACGUCGACUACAUACCUUCGAUGGAAAGGCUCAUGAUGAAACACAAAAUCCAAUGUCCACAGUACAUCGUGUUGAUUACGCGAUUGCAGGUAGUUUCUACUCUGGCCUGCGAUGACGAUUAUAUGGAUGAGACUCGUAUGCGGCUUCGGAAGAAAGACGUGGUAACUACGAACGAGAUGCAGCCGAUGCAGAAGUUAUCAGUAAAUCUGUACGAGCUGCGGAAAAGUUGGGCAGUCAGUAGUCUCAUCACUAAGGAGGACUGGUUAGAGUGGCUGCGGGACCUGAGUGUCACUUUCCUCAACGAAUCCAAUAGCCCAGCCAUCAGGGCAUGCUCCACCCUCGCCCAAAACUACCCUCAACUUGCGUAUGACCUAUUCAACGCGGCGUUCGUCUCGUGUUGGACAGAGCUGGGCGAGCAGUCCCGGCGCUCACUGUCGAACGCGCUGGAGAGCGCGCUGGCCGUACCGGACGCACCUGAUGUGGCGCUCGCUGUGCUCACCUUGGCGGAGUUUAUGGAACAUUGCAAGAAGGGGGAACUGCCGAUAUCGAUUAGAUUGUUAGGAGAUACGGCGAUCAAUUGCAAAGCUUACGCGAAAGCGUUAUAUUACAAGGAAGAAGAGUAUCGCAACAAUCCGUCAACACAAGUGGUCGAAGCUCUCAUACACAUCAACAACAAGUUGCAACAGAAAGAAGCGGCCAACGGUUUGCUAGAAAAAGUUAUCAUGCAAAAGAAAGAUGGCGACUGCUCGCUAAACGUACACGUCCGCUGGUACGAGAAGCUUCACAACUGGGACCAGGCUUUGGACCUUUACAAUAAGAAGUUAGAGGUUGAACCACAGGACGACGAGUCAAAAUUAGGACUAAUGAGGUGUUUGGAAGCGAUGGGAGAGUGGCGUAAACUAUACAAUAUCACAUCCGACCAAUGGGACACCUUGUCUGAUGAAAUUCGAAAGAAAUCGGCAAAAAUCGCAGCAGCAGCUUCCUGGGGCCUUCAAGAAUGGGACGCCAUGAAGAAAAAUGUUGAUUGCGUACCGGAGGAUACUCAAGAAGGCGCUUUCUACAGAGCUAUAUUAGCAAUCCACGAAAGCCAAUGGCCCGAGUCCAGGCAUUACAUUGACUUAGCCAGGAGUCUUCUUGAUACGGAACUGACGGCGGUAGUUACCGAAAGCUAUCAGAGAGCUUAUGGCGCGCUAGUCAACGCGCAGUUGCUGACAGAACUCGAAGAAGUCGUCACCUACAAAUUGGUAGAAGAACGGAGAAGCACUAUCCGCAAAACAUGGUGGUCGCGCCUGCAAGGCGGCCAGAGACUGGUUGAAGACUGGAGGAAAUUGCUGCAGAUAAGAAGUCUUGUCCUAAGUCCGCGCGAAGAUUUCCAAACCUGGCUGAAGUUUGCAUCUCUAUGUCGGAAAACUGGAGCCCUAAGUCAGGCUCAUAAAAUUGUCUUAUCUAUAAUUGGAAGCGAUCCGAUUAACAACCCAGAUGUUCUACUCCACAUGCAGGAUCCUAGGAUAGUUCUCGCUUACAGUAAGAAUCUUUGGGAAGCCGGCAAUAAGAGAUACGCCUACGAUAUUCUGCAAAGAUUUGUGGAUAAUUCUGAACCCGACAAUGAGGAGCAAUGCCGUCUGCUCGCACGCUGCCAUCUCAAACUCGGAUCUUGGUGUGAAUCUCUCCAAGAGAUCAACGAGCUGUCUAUCCCAGAGAUUCUCAGGAACUAUUCCGCUGCUACUAUUCUAGCUCCUGAAUGGUAUAAAGGUUGCCACGCCUGGGCAUGUAUGAACUUUGAGACCGUCUUGUUUUACAAACAACAGGAUAAUAUCUCCGAAAGCAGCGUUGCCGGUGGCUCAAGCGAGAAGAAAGUAUCCAGAGCAGACUUCAUAAACACACACACGAUACCCGCUAUCGAAGGGUUCUUCAAAUCUAUUAGCAUAUCGAACGGGAGUUCUCUUCAAGACACUCUAAGACUGCUAACCCUAUGGUUCGAUCACGGGCACAAUCCUACAGUUUACGAUGCGCUCUUCGAAGGGAUAAGGCAGAUCGACAUAAACAUAUGGCUUCAAGUGAUACCUCAGUUGAUCGCCAGGAUAGAUUCGCCAAGAAGUUUGGUGGCAAAGCUAGUUCAUAUACUGCUGAUAGAUAUAAGCAAACUGCAUCCCCAAGCUUUGGUGUAUCCGUUGACAGUAGCGACAAAGUCAUCAUUUGUGACGCGUAAGAAUGCGGCACAUUACAUCUUGAAGACGAUGUGCGUGCACUCGCAGAACCUGGUGAAUGAAGCCGCCAUCAUAUCGGAGGAGCUGAUCAAGGUGGCGAUAUUGUGGCACGAUCAAGUGUUUAUUGCGUUGGAUGAAGCGUCAAGGCUAUAUUUCAGCGAGAAGGACUACAAAGGCAUGGCGCGCACAUUAGAGCGUAUGCACGCCAUGCUAGCAAGACCCCCGCAAUCCCUGAAGGAGGUCUCGUUCCUGCAGAUGUACGGGCGCGACCUAGACGCGGCACAGCGGUGGGGCGAAAUGUACAAGGAAUCCAACGACGACCGCCACCUCAACGAGGCUUGGGACCUGUACUACCAUGUGUUCCGCCGCAUUACGGCGCAGUUCCGCUCGCUCGCCUCGCUCGAGCUGCAAUACGUCAGUAGAAAGCUGCACUCGUGCCGGGACUUCGAGCUGGCUGUACCUGGGUCUUACGUGCCUAAUGAGAAAAUUAUCAGGAUCUCGCAUAUACAUAGUCAUUUGCAAGUAAUAAAGUCGAAGCAGCGCCCCCGCCGCCUCACCAUCCAAGGAUCCGACGGCAAGCAAUACAUGUUCCUCCUGAAAGGCCACGAGGACCUGCGGCAAGACGAGCGCGUCAUGCAGCUGUUCGGGCUCGUCAAUGCCUUGCUACAAGCAGAUACCAACACAUACCGACACGAUCUGGCCAUUCAGAGAUACGCCGUGGUCCCGUUGUCGCCCAACUCCGGGCUGAUCGGUUGGGUGCCACAAUGCGACACCCUGUACAACCUCAUCAUCGACUACAGGGACAAGAAGAACGUCAAGAUGGGUCUGAACACCGAGCAGCAGAUCAUGCUGAGAAUGGCGUCAGACUUUCCCAAGCUCAUGUUAAUGCAAAAGGUGGAAGUGUUCGAGCACACGCUGUCCCAAACGCCGGGCAACGACCUGGCGCGCCUGCUGUGGCUGAAGAGCCCCUCGGCCGAGGCGUGGUUCGAGCGCCGCACCAACUACACGCGCUCGCUCGCCGUCAUGAGCAUGGUGGGCUACAUCCUCGGGCUCGGCGAUCGCCACCCGUCCAACAUCAUGCUGCACCGAGUCACGGGGAAGGUCCUGCACAUCGACUUCGGCGACUGCUUCGAGGUCACGCAAACGAGAGACAAGUUCCCGGAGAAGAUCCCCUUCCGGCUCACGAGAAUGCUUAUCAAUGCCAUGGAGGUAACCGGCAUCGAAGGCACCUACCGCUUCACGUGCGAAGCCGUGAUGCACGUGCUGCACAAACACCGCGACAGCGUCAUGGCGGUGCUCGAGGCCUUCGUCUACGACCCGCUGCUCAACUGGCGGCUCGUCGACAACGACCGACAUUCCUUAACUGAAUCUACCUUCUCGUCCGACAUAGACUCCUCUCUUUCUCUCCCGAGCAGAUCUAGAAACCAUCUACACUACGAAUCUGUUGAAAUACCGCCAGAAGCUAACCUCAACAAGCGCGCGCUAUCCAUCCUAAACAGGAUCAGAGACAAAUUGACAGGUCGGGACUUCCCUCAGAUAGAAGCGGUGGUGAGCGUUCCAAAACAAGUAGAUCUACUUAUUAAAUUAGCUACGAAUAAUGAGAAUCUAUGCCAGUGUUAUUUGGGAUGGUGUCCCUUCUGGUAAAUUUAUAAAAUUUGUAAAUAAUGGUUAUCUUGAGAUCAUGCCAUUUUGUAUAUAUUUAAAAAUAUUGUUAGUUGAGGUAAAGGGAUUGGACGGUCAAAGUAUUUUACAGAUGGCGCCAGCAUAGCUUUCCCUGUCAAUCCCUAGAAUUGUGUCAAAAUCUUGUUUUUUUUUAUUGUAUGGCCUGGAUGCCAGCCCUUUAACCUUUUGACCGCGACCUUUUAACCUUUUGACAAAGACGUCAUAUGACGCGCGCGGCUACAGCCCAAUAUCAACCAUCAUGCGUACCGACAAGGUUCACGAUUACGCGCCGCGUGCUAUAGGCGUGGCGUUCAAAAGGUUAAGCCAAAUCCGAUAGAACAAAACUAGAGAAAGGGGCAAACUGUGAUAGCGGCAUCUAUGCAAAUCUUUGACAGUUGCAAAACCCAUUAAAAAAUACCGUCAAACCAUUUUAACAGUAAUGAAAGUUAUUUACUUGAAAAGGAUUCACUGUAAGUUAUUGUUUGUUUCUUUAUCACCAUAUGAGUAUCAGCAAUAAUUGUCAGAUUUAAUUAUUAAGAUUACUAAUUUAAUGUUCUGUAUUGUACAGUAUCUUUAAUUUCGUCAUAAAUGUUUUACCUGUUUAUUAUACAUUUGACACCUGUUACUGCCGUGUUAAGACUGAUAACAUAUUAUUUUAUUUAAAUCAGUAACUAUCAAAACCCGUGUAUACAAUGGUAGGAAUAGUUUUUAUAUUGAAUUUAAGUACUAUAUAUCUGGCAAGACAUGCAAUUCUUCAUGAGAUCUUUUAUGUUAAUAAGCCAGCUAUAACUUUCCUAUACAACUAAAGUAUUGUAUUGAAAUAUGCUGAUAAAUACCUAAAAAAAGAAAGGACAGGCAUGACUACAUUGGUAACGAUUAUACGAGCUUGCGAACAUUAUUCUAUUACAACUUCAAUCGGAAUGAGAUUUUUAUCGUUUAACUUUACUCCACAUCAGGGGUCUUGUUAGAUUUAUUUGACCCAAAAUCCUUAUUAGAUUUAUUAUUUCACUAUCGAGGCACGUCUAUCGACACCUUAAAUUCAGUCAAACCGUUACUCAAAGAGCAUAUAAUCACUACGUUUUACCGUUACUGUCAAUGAUAUUAUGUACUUAUAUUGAUUUGAAUAAAUACUUUUCUUUUUACACAAGUCCAGUAAGAUCACGGAAAUAGAACCGCGUCGGUAUUGUUAUGAUUGCAGUAUUUUAUGAUCACUUUUCCUUCCAUUGUACUGGUAAUGGCUUAUUGUGAGACUUGGUUGAAUCGAUCUUUUAUUUCAACGGCAGUGUUUGUUUUCGUCGACUCAUUGCGGGGGAUUCCCCGGUUCGGGAAAAAGUGUUAUGGAAAUUUUAAUUUAUUACUGGCCACACUGGUAUAAGAGCCUUGUAGAGUCAGAUCAAGUUAAGUUGGCAGCAAGUGUUAUUUUAAACGUGAAACUUCUAUGAAAUUAUGACGUUUACGUAACACUUGCACAAGCUGGGCUAUCAAAAUCGCUGCCAACUUGGUCUGACUCUAGAAUUGAUUUGCUUAAAGAACUUGUUACAUCUUCCCGUAUUUCGUAACUGACAAGAUGGACGCCGCAAAAAGGAAACACUGUAGGAGAUAAAGUCUGUCAAGCCAUUUCCGUCAGUAGAAGUGCGGCAAAUUUAAAAAAUUAGCGGUGAGUUAUCGUCCCAUAGACAGAUUGAAUUUCGCGCCUUUUUCUACUGACAAAGUUGUUUGACAGUUUCUUAUGCGCACUGUGAUUACUGCCUUUUAUAUAUGCAUUGUAAUAUUACCUACAGUUUGUGCUUUCUUCAGUUACACCUUGAUGAGAUGAUAAAGGUUGAAGUCCUGAAAUAAUUGUAUACCUAGUCGAAAAGGAAGGAAAUGCUUUGUACAGUUAUAAUAUUAUUAUUCGAUAUGUAUAAGUUUUAUUUAAUGUACAAAAUUGUAUUACUAAAUAUGACAAUGUCUUUUAUCUUUUA